CGACCCUAACUACACCCUCUCACGUAUAACUUCCGCCACUCACCCACGCAACAGCAGCCGUCGAACCUCUGCCCGCCUUCUAGCUGCCAGCCACGUACUGUCCAUCGCCGCCGCCUUCCAAAGGUCGUUCUCUAGCCUGGGAGCACAAUCGCCCGACCUGGGUGUCAAGGCGCCGCCCGCCGGCCACCGGCCAGCACAAGAAGAUGCCCAGUUUCCCAAAUCUGAUUUCGCGAAGAGAAAAGCUCACUCUUAUAAGGCGGCGGCGGCGGUCGUCCAUCACUUAGCUUCUUCUUCUCUUCUUUUUGGAUCGCUUAUCCUUACUGCUACCCCACCUAUUCUUUUCAAUCGUGGCUGCAGAGCGUCAAUGGAGCGUCGUUUACGCCAGAUAGGCUGUUCUUGAAGAUGGAAUUUGAAAGCCAGGCUUCGGAAUUAGAGAACUUUGGGAAAAAUUGGGAAUACGUUGAAAAUGUGAAUGCAUUGAGUAUUGGAAUGGUAUUACAGAACAUUGGCUUGAAAUGGGUUGAAAAGGGUUCUUUUUAAUUUUCUAUUUUUGAAAUUAAAGUUUGUUUAAUUUGUUCCUUAAAAAAAGAAAUUAAAGUUUGUUUGAAUUUAGGGUUUAUGGACAUUAAACAUGUGCAUUGAGCAUUAGCUACUGAAUAUGACAAUAAGUCUUGAAUAAGACAACGAAUAUGACAAUAAAUAAUAGACAUGUUGUACAUAGCAGUGAACGAAUGAAUUAAGAAAUUUUGUUAUGCAGUGAUU